ACUCCUAAGACUCUCGAGUGUCUGGAUCUGAGAGAUUUCACUUCAUUCUUUCGUUGUGUUUUGUUCUUGAAGAGAAGAAGAGAGAAAGAAUGGAGCAGAUUCAGUGGGCCAUGGAAGCUCAUAUGGACCAAGUGGCAGAUCUCGUGCACAAAGUUUCCGCAGACUUGCGCCCUGCUUUCGGUCUCGCCUUAGACAACUUGAUCGGUUUCUUCCACGCCAUCGACUGGAAGGAACCAUGGUUGAUGUGUUUAGUUGGAUUCCACUCUCUAUUUUUGGUGACCGCCAUCCUCUCCAGGAACAAUCUUAACUUCCAAAUGUUUUUGUUCCUUACCGCCUUGACUGGAGUAUAUCUUGCUGAGAGGUUCAAUGGUUUACUGCAUCAGAACUGGAGGACCUUUGCCGGCCAGAAUUACUUUGAUCCAAAUGGAGUUUUUGUGUCAGUGCUUUGGUCUGGGCCUCUUCUUGUAAUUGCAAUUAUAAUUUUGAUAAACACGCUCUUUUCCUUAUGUCACCUGAUUGUCAAGUGGAAAAGAGCUCAGCUAAGACACCGUGCACGGCUUUCUCAGAGUAAGCAGGAUUGAGUUCCCAUGGAUGGACAGCUGACCAGUUGAAAAUGGAUUUCUUUUCUUCUUUCACUUUCCUGCUCUUAUUUUUGGGGGUCCUGUUGGCCUGUUGUUACAAUAUAGAUACUUUUUAGGGUAGUAUUUCCCUUAUAGCUUUGAAUGGUGUAAAUGACCAACUAAGUAACGUGCUCGAGCUUAUAAUACCUUUUAUUUUUUCCGUUAAGGAACUUCUAAUACAUUAGUUUAUCUUUUGUAACAUUACUUUCUUGACAAGCAAAACCAAACCUCUUUGGA